GUGGCACUUUUCAAUAUGGCGUUCGUUAGUGACUGUGCAAUCGUAUUUUUUUCACAACUACUUUUCUUUGGAAUUGGUUGGAUAUUUUUCAUGAGAAGACUUUUUAGAAACUACGAAGUUCAUCAUUUAGCUGUUCAGAUCGUAUUUUCUAUAACUUUUGCCUUGUCUUGCACUAUGUUCGAACUUAUAAUUUUCGAAAUUCUUGGAAUCUUGGACAAAAACUCAAGAUACUUUCAUUGGAAAGUCGGUAUAUUUUCAAUGCUUUUCACUCUUAUAUUUCUUCUUCCGUUUUACAUAUCAUAUUUCUUAGUCAAGACAAUUCGUCUCGUGAACAACAGAGCCACAGUUCUCUUUCUUGCUGUAGGAUUUUGGCUGGCCUUUUUGUACAUGUUUUGGAAAAUUGGAAAUCCUUUUCCUAUAUUGAACCCAAGACACGGGAUCUUCUCAAUUGAGCAAGGUAUAAGUCGUGUAGGAGUGAUAGGAGUCACUGUGAUGGCAAUUCUUUCAGGUUUUGGAGCAGUUAACUGUCCAUAUACUUAUAUGACAUUUUUCAUGAGGCAUGUGAGCAAUUCUGACAUUCAAUCCCUGGAAAAAAGGCUUACACAAACUAUGGAUAUGAUCCUGAGCAAGAAAAAACGUAUAGCUUUGGCUAGGAGAGAAAGUCGUAGAUUUGCUGCUUCGUCACAACUAAAAUCAGGAAUUUGGGGAAUGUUCAGCACAGCCACAAGUAGCACAGAAAAUACAUCUCAUCUUCAAGCGGAAGUAGAUGCUAUGGAAGAAUUAAGUCGUCAGCUAUUCCUGGAAAUUGUAGACCUUCACUGCACUAGGCAAAGAAUGGAGUUUUCCAAGACAUUGCAGGGAAAAUACUUUGAUUUUUUAGGACAUAUUUUUUCUGGUUACUGUAUCUGGAAGAUUUUCAUCUCCACAGUUAACAUUAUAUUUGACCGUGUAGGAAAGACAGAUCCUGUUACAAGGGGAAUUGAAAUCACAGUCAAGUACUUUGGAAUGCAGUUUGAUGUGCUGUUUUGGUCACAGCAUAUUUCAUUCUUUUUGAUAGGAAUUCUAAUUGUUACCUCAAUUCGUGGCUUACUUAUAACAUUUACAAAGUUUUUUAAUGCCAUGGCUAGUAGUAAGUCAUCUAACAUCAUAGUAUUGGUGCUUGCAGAAAUCAUGGGGAUGUAUUUUGUCUCAUCAGUGCUGCUUAUGAGAAUGAACAUGCCUGUUGCAUAUCGAGAAAUCAUUACAGAAGUCCUAGGCUUGUUGCAGUUCAAUUUCUAUCAUAGAUGGUUUGAUGUAAUAUUUCUUGUUAGUGCUUUGUCAAGUAUUGGAUUUCUUUACUUGGCACACAAGCAGGCACCAGAAAAACACAUGGAUAAUAGCUAUUUUUAGAUUUUCUAUAAAGCAUAGUUAAGAAAGUUAAUAAUUUCUGAUGAUUGCUGUAAUACAUGUAGAAUAGACUAAAUCAGAAUGUAAAAAAAGUAUAGGGUAGACCUUAAUUGUACUCAUGGGUCAAUAGCCCAUUAGGCUUCAUGUGACGUAUGAAGUUGAUAUACUAGUGUGAAACAAACUGAAACAUACCUAGUCUAUUUGUAUCAAAACAACUCGGGCCCUGAGAUCAAAGUUUUGAAUGUCUUCGUUGUCAAGAAAAACCUCUUAAAACAAAAUUAAUGUUUAUCAAAUUCAAAGAACACUAUUUGAAUGCAUUUGAAGUUCAAAAAUGAUGCUAAAACGAGUUUUGAUCUUUCAUGAAAUUUUCUUUUCUUGGAAUUUAAUUGAUCAAUGAUUUCACUUUAUGUUUUGAUCUACGUAUGAAAUUGUAUCAAAACAACUGGAAAGAUUUCCGAGUGAAGAGUGCUGUCUCCAAAAACGUUUUGAGUUAAAUAACUCAAACACCAUUUUUCGUAUCAUUCUUGAACAACUCAAAAAUUUGCAUUAAUUCAUAUUUGAACCCAAGAAGACUGAUUAGAGAAGGUCAGGGAUGCUUGUUGUACCUUAGAGUUCCAGAUCUGCAAUUUGGUGCCUCAGGGAGUCACAAAUCUAAAAGGAUUAGCAGAGAGUAAGCCAGUACCUCUUAUUGUGGUAUUGUAACAAAAAAAUACCUGAGAUUAUUUGAAUAUUCAGAAUAUUUAUUUUCAGUUCUGACUUCUGUCACUUAGAUCAUAGGUAAUUGGUACCUUUUAGGGAUAAAAAUCGUUAGUUCCCACAUGAAAUUGCACAGGACUCGGGGUACCUCUUAGGGGUCAUUUUUUCAAAAUAUCCAAUGAGAAUCCCUACCCUUCUACAUAUAGAAGUCCCCUCCCCCCGACAAUCCAAAAGAAAUAAUAAUGUGAAUAUAGGUUAUACAAAUGUGCAAUAAAAAACAUUUGUUAAUAA